AUGGCAAUGAACGAGAUUCUUCAGUUGUCAGAUGUAAAAAACUGUAAUGUAAAGUAUGGUGUUCAAUCGUACAUGGUGCAAAAGAUUAUAGUUACAAUGGAUUAUCAAAAUCGGCAACGUUUUAUUCUGUAUUUUCUUCAAAUUACAAGGCACGUUUACCUUGAGAUUAUUAGAAUUUCACGUGAACUUAAUCAAGUUUACUGUUAUCAGCUUUUAUUACAAUUGAUCGUGGAGUUCACGUUGAUAAUGGGUUCACUUUACAACGUAUAUUUCGAACUAGUACAGUCUAAUGUAAUGCAAGCUUUAAAGAACAAAGCACGUGUAACGACGGAGAUUCUUCGAGAACUGGGAAAUUCUUAUUUGGAUGAUUCUAUCAAGGACGAGAUGGAACAAUUUUCGUUACAACUGAUCCUUCAUCCGCUGUAUUUUUCUGCCGGCGGUUUUGUUUCUCUGGAUAAUAAACUUACAACAGUGUUUUUUGGAACAAUAACGACUUAUAUUGCCAUACUACUUCAAAUGAGUUCUACGCCUAAUGCAAUGAAAUCCUUAACUCAAAUUUUAUAA